AUGUCGGCUGCUACUCGGUGGUGGGGGCGGCAGGUCGGGUUCCUCGGCCCGGUCGAUCCUCCCCCCGAGGCGAGGGCUUCGGGGUCGAGGCCGGCCGAGGCAGCCCAGUACCUGUCCACCGGGUAUAUCGGCCCACUGGUGGAUCAGGUCGAGUUCGCCUACGGGGAUCCCAGCCGCGCGGCGGGGCGGCGAGCCGAGCAAGUGGUGCAGUACCUGCAGCGUCUGGGACCACGGUUCGUGGUGUCUUUACAUGCGGACGUGGGUACUCGCGGGGCCUAUGCCUAUGCCACUGAGCAGCACCAGCGGAUCAGUGAAAUCCUAACCAGUGCCCCGUACCUGAAUCAGGACCCGGGGGUAGAAAUCUCCUGGGCCCGGCUCGUCGCGGACAGGGUGUGGGACUUCUUCGACGCCGAGGUCAUCGGCCCGGAUCUGGCCGGCCCGUCAGGCCAGUACGUGCGGGCGAUCGGUUUGCCCGGGUGCUGGAUCAACCUCGAGCUGCCCCUGUUUGACUGGGGACCCCACGAGCAGCUGCGCACCCGGACACGGGCCGCGAUGGCCCGCCAGAUCGCCGAGGGUGGAUCACUGGCACGCCCCAUCCGCCUCUCCGACCACUUCCACCGACAACUGGCGGGCAUCCCAACGAUCACCGAGGAGGAUGAACAGCUGUUCUUGGCACACGUAGCCGAACACCUGCUCAUCCGGACCUGA